ACCGAUGGCCCGCCCUGCCGCGCCGGAGCCCGGCUCGGCGCCAUGGUGGAAUUACUUUUUCCUUUACGAUGGUUCAAAGGUUAAGGAAGAGGGAGAUCCUACAAGUGCUGGGAUUUGUUAUUUUUAUCCUUCUCAGACUCUCCCCGACCAGCAGGAACUGCUGUGUGGACAGAUUGCUGGAGUGGUGCACUGCUUGACUGAGAUUUCUGGAAUUCCUCCAAGUCUCAUUCGCCUAAGGAAGCUCAAGUUUGCGGUUGUAGUGGAUGGAGACUAUCUGUGGGUUCUGGGUUGUGCAGUUGAGCUCCCUGAUGUCAGCUGUAGACGGUUUCUGGAGCAGCUGAUCAGCCUCUUCACCUUCUACAAUGGACCUGUGCACCAUGCAUACAUGGCACUUUCUCGGGAGGAGCUGAGCAGGCAGUGGGACAGAUAUAUUGAACAUAUCCAAAAAAACACCAGUGACCUCCACAAGAUCUUCAAUUCUCUCUGGAAUCUGGACAAAACCAAGGUGGACCCCCUGCUUUUACUGAAAGCAGCUCUCAUCCUGCAAACUUGCCAGCGGUCUCCCCAUGUCUUGGCAGGCUGCAUUCUCUACAAAGGCUUGAUUGUGAGCACCCAGCUGCCACCUCCUCUCACUGCCAAAGUUCUUCUCCAAGGCAAUGAGUCUCCAGGCCAGAGUGAGCCUGGAGGUGAGGAGCAGCGGGAGCCUGAUUCUCCAUUGCCGCACGGUGUCCGUAUCAUCCCUGUAUUCCUAAUGGAAGAUGAAGUCUCAAUGCUCCGAGACUUUCCAGUGGAGUGGAUAACUAGGUCAUCUGUGUCCCCAGCAAGCCCUAGAGGAGAGAAGAAUGCUCUCUGCUCCCAGGCAGUUUCAGAAUCAACAGGAGACCUGAAUAAUAUCUCUGUGCAGGAGUCCCCUGAGCGAGCUUCAAGCACAGCUGCACCAGAAGAUGCUGUGCAAUCAGGCAGCCUUGCAAACACAGGCCCUUUGAAGGGCUUCCCCAAAAUGGAAGCCAGUACAAAGAAUUCUCCAACUGCAAAACUGAGCAGCCCAGACAGCAAAAGCUCAGAGCUCAGUAGAAAAGCAUCUUUCCCAUCAGAGAGAGACACGAAGCAGCUGUCAAGCCCUUCCACUCUCCAUACUUCUGAGUAUGCUCAAACUACAGGUCCAUAUCUGGAAGGUUUUUGCUUUCCAAACCCUUACACCCGGGAGCAGGAGAGUCAGAGCAUGGGGAAAUCUCUUGUGGACUAUGAUGUUGAGCAACACAGUUUCCAAAGUUAUGCAGCCGGUGGCAGUCCGGCUAUAUGCUCUCCUGCCCAAGAGUUGAGCAGAAGGAAGGCAAGUGAACAAGACGAGCAAGGGACUCUGAGCCAAAAUAGUGUCUCUAGAGAAAGCAGCAGUGCAGCUGGUGGCAAUGUGCAGGGUUUGGAUUGUCCAGCCACUGCUGUACAAUCAGAGCUCCAAAGCAGGAGUCAGCUGCCAACUGUAGAGUUUCAGGAGAGUCUGCUCGGUGACCCAGCAGAGAACAUGCACUGUCCCAGGAGCAGGGAGAGUGGCUGGCUGCCUCAGGUGGACAGUCUGGGAGCCCAGGCUGGUGUGGAGUCAGGCAAACAGUGCAAACCGGUUAAGAUGAGCUUGUAUGUUCACUGCAUUAAGGGGCUUUUGCUCUCCCUGCUGGCUGAAGAUCACCUCCGAGAGGACCGGAGCUCCAUUGAAGAUGUGUACCACAGCAGUCUGGCUUCUCUAAAUGGUCUUGAGGUUCAUCUGAGGGAGACUCUGCCCAAAGACUCCUCAUCCUCAGCCAAGACAACCUACAGCUUCACUCACUAUGACUGCAUUCAGAACGUGCUCACAGCCAACCUGCCCCAUACUGCUGGCCCUCUGGAUCGGCACUUCCUGAGAGCUGCUACGCUGAUCCACUCCGACUUCAACCAGCUUCCGACUGCUUCAGAAAUGAUAAUUAGGAAUGCCUCCACAGCUGUGUACGCCUGCCGGAACCCCGUCCAGGAAACCUACUUCCAGCAGCUGGGUGCUCCACACCGCAACUCGGGUGUUCCCAACCCUCAUGACAGUGCAUUCAGCUUGCCGAGCAAGGCUAAGCAAAAGUUGCUGAAGCAUGGGGUGAACCUGCUUUGAACUGAUGCACUGAGGCAACACAUCUCAGCCCAUGCUGAAAGUUAGUUCAUCUCCAAUAAGUAAAGUCUCAAAGCCACUUAUUCCGUAGGAGGCAUGAGGCUCUGUGCUACAUCUAUGGGGUCUCCAGCCUGCCUUGGCCCAAGGAAGGGGCACUCCUAUUGCUCUGUUCCUGCAGCACAUUUUGUGCUAGUGAAGGGUAUUGUUGACAUUAGCACUUACCAAAGACUGAAGAUAGAAAAUAGCUGUGUUGGGGUGCUUGGUUUACAUUGGCUCUAGGACUGUUCAUGGUGCUCUGCCACCACAGGCAGAGACUCCUGGGGUGCCUUCACCUAAAGUAAAACCUCUUAUUGCUCUAAGCUACAUAGACACUGGGCUACUGGGCUGUACUGGCUUUCAGAGAUGUCAGUCAGACACUGCCUCUGCCUGGAGUUCUGUGCCUAAACUUGCCCUGGUCAGACUUAGGCUUUGUUUAUAUCUCUUAAUCUAUAGAAAUGAUCCCCUGCCACGGCAUAACGCCUUACCUUGAUUAACAGAGCCUGCAUCUUCUCAGACUAACUGGAAUGGAACAAGUGCUGCAAAACUCCUAAUCCUCCUACAGGUGCUGUCAGGAGGUUUUUAUACCGUAGCUGAAUCUGAGAGAUCCUUGUCCCUCCACGCCUGCCUGAUCAGUGACUGUGCAGCACAGCACUGCCUUCCCCGUUGCCCACCAACACAGCUGUAACCUGCCAGCCUCUCACAGGGGCUGUGGUGGUGGUGGUAUGAAUGCACUGCACCUCCUGCCUGCUCCUCAGCCUUCUGCUUCCUUCCCUCGCUCCUGCUGGAGGACCUUGUUUCAUCUCCUUGCUCUUGCUGCUCAGUUUGUCUACAUUCUGUUGACAGAAAAGGCAAGUGACAGCCCCUUAAGCUAAUGGGACCAAAGAGGCCUUGUAGCCCCUCGGCAGCUGUUCUCUUUCUGCUCAGGCAGACGGUGU